UUUGAUAAACUCCACCUAUCCCAUGUGAAGGUCUUCAGUCUCACGAGCCUUCAUUACUCCAAGUUUUGUCUCAAGUGAUUAACCAUGGUACGGAGUAUUAUUAACCAUAAUAAAAAACACAGAGAGGUUCUCUUGAUGUUAUAAAUGCCGGGGUUGUGGUCUUUCUUCAAGUUUGGCCCUGUGACAUAGAAACACUGCAUAAUUCACCAAAAAUGAGGUAGAUGAAAGAGAGAAGAGAGAUGGGAAGGAGAAGAGUGAGAGAAUCGAAAUCCUACACGCUUCCCUCGUCACCCUCUCACUCGUUCUCCUCCUCUUCAUCCUCGGAUUUCGAGUUCACCAUCUCAAUUUCGCCGCGAAAAUCUUCCACAGCACUGUGCCCUGCGGAUGAGCUGUUCUACAAGGGCCAGCUCCUCCCUCUGCACCUCUCCGAGCGCAUCUCCAUGGUCCGCACGCUCCUCCUCUCCUCCUCCAGCACCUCCUCCUCCGCCACCUCCACCGCCGCCCGUGACUCCACCGGCAGUAGCUCCAACGACUCCCACUCCUCCUUCACCACCGACCUCGCCCUCUUCCCGGACUGCGACUCUUCCCGCCCUAGCUCCGCCACUGACGACGCCCUCGACGAUGACCUCAAACGCCUCCACAAUAACCCUUCCACCAAGAAACCAAACAAGUACUUCUCCUUCUCCAGAUUCUCCUCCGUUUUCCGCAAAGAAAACAACACCAAAACCGAUGUCACUGCCUCUAAUAAUUCCUCUGUCAAGCGAAUCAGCGUCACCGCCAGGGAGGUUAUCAGGAAGUACAUAAAAAAAGUGAAGCCCCUCUACGAGAAGCUUUCGCAGAAACAGAAAACAGAAGAAUUAAGGUUAAGCGCGGAGUGUGCAAGUAGUGCUGGAACGACGUCGGUUUCGGUUUCGGUUUUGUCUCUGUUAUCAAAGACGGAGAGAUCCACCGCGAAACAAACGUGUGCCAAGAGAGGUGUGGGUGCGCUUUCUCACUCUUUCUCAGGAAACCUCAGAUACCCGCGAAGGAGAAGCUGCGUCUCUAGUUGUCCUUCUUCAAUGAGAUCAUCUCCAAAUCAUUCUGGUGUUCUUUCUCAAAAAGUGUACUGUGGAGACACUUCUUCCAUGGAAGAGUUGCAGAGCGCAAUCCAAGGAGCCAUCGCGCAUUGCAAGAACUCUUUGAUUCAGAACAAAACAAUGGUCAGUAACGAAAUCUAAAUCUAACCUAAUCAAAUCAAAUCAAUCGUGUUAAUUUGGCUUCAUUUUCACAUGCAGUUUAGUUUAGAUAAUUUAGUUGUCGAUGAUCUGUGAAUUAGUCAAGUUAAUUAAAUCAACGGUCAUGUUCAGAAAUAUUUUUGUUAUUAUGUUUUCUUUUUUUUAAUCUUGGGAUGGAUAUCUGACGUGGGAGUGAGGUUAAAAAGCUGCAUGUGACUAUAUUUGGAAGUUCCAUUUGGAUUUUGGCAGCAAGGAAAGUUGAAACUUUAUUAUUACCCAGUAGAGAUUGAAAAAUUUGAAAAGUUAUGGUCUGUAUAAUUUAAUGCAAAACAGCGACAUGGCUGUGGUGCUAGUAAUUGCUCUGCAAUGCAAAACUUGGCAGCAUGUGACUUGGAGUUUUGUUGGA